AUGAACCGCCCACAUCUCUUGAAAAAUGGCAAGUGCUACCAUCCCGCGAGGUUCGACGAAGACGAGGUCGAAAGCAUCAUCGGCGACGACGACGACAACAACAACGGCAACGACAGCGACGCCUCCUCGGCCGACUAUUACCCUACGCCGCCAAAAAGAUACUCGGCUCCUGUGAAGGUUCCUGCCGUCUUGUUCAUGGUCUUCCUGGCUCUGCUCCUUGCCUGCGCAACAGCGAUCCUCCUGGUACUCCGGCCCAUCUCGAUCAGUAACGCAGAAGAGCCCGCCGAGUCCCUGACCUGCGGGAAUAGUCCCGAGGAAGCACAAAGCCUGGACUGCCGUUUCGACGUCAUGAGCUUCACGUGGGUGCCAAAGCCGUGUUUCGACGAAGCCCUUAUGACCGACUUUCUGGCCUCGCCAACGCAGCCGUGGAAUUGGUUCACAGAGCCCAACGUCACCGUCACUUCCACGGCGGACGCAAGAGCACUAUCCUUCCAAGACGUGCGAACCGGCCAGUUCGCCGAGCUGUACGUCACCAACGCGUACCACUCGACGCACUGCACCUUCACGUGGAAGAAGCUGCACCGCGCACUCACCGAGACGGGAUACCUGGACAGCUAUAUCGGCAGUUACGAACACACGCUGCACUGUGAGCAUAUGCUCCUGUCGCGGCAUCUGGACCCAGAACGAGUCGAGACGACGAUCCGGCGCAAAUACAUCACCUGCAGACGGAGAAGUGGUGCAGGCUAG